UUAGCGUAGCAGCGUCACCUGCAUCAUUGUACCUUCAGCGUACCACAGCGUACCACUGCCUACCACAUGAGGCCAUCCCAUCCGCACCACCGCGCGCCCUUCAACCUAUAACCCCGUCGUCGUCUAUCGUCCGCACAUUUCUAUCUAACCUCUCCUUCUCCCUCUUUUCUUCCCUCCCUCCCUCCCUCUCUCCUGCUUCCUUCCCUCCCACCAUCACCACCCAUCUAUAAUUCCCAACAUGCAAGCCGCCCUCCGCAUUGCCUCUCGCCAGGCCACCGCCGUUAGACGCGCCUCCGUCUUCGGCUUACAAGCUGCCAGAGCUGGCUCCACCUGGGCCAACGUUCCCCAGGGCCCACCGGUAUGUAUCACCGAAGCCUUCAAAGCCGACAGCUUUGAGAAGAAGAUCAACCUAGGUGUCGGUGCCUACCGUGAUGACAAGGGAAAGCCAUAUGUCCUCCCUUCGGUCCGGACCGCUGAGGAGAAGGUUGUUAACGCCAAGCUGAACAAGGAGUACGCUGGCAUCACCGGUGUGCCCGAGUUCACCAAGGCCGCCGCCAUCCUCGCCUACGGCAAGGACUCGCCCGCCCUCGACCGCCUCGCCAUCACCCAGUCCAUCUCCGGCACUGGCGCCCUGCGCAUUGCCGCCGCCUUCCUCCAGCGCUUCUACCCGGGCGACAAGACCAUCUACAUCCCCAACCCCUCGUGGGCCAACCACAAGGCUGUCUUUAGCGAUGCUGGUCUCAAGGUCCAGCAGUACCGCUACUAUGACAAGAACACCAUCGGCCUCGACUUCGAGGGCUUGAUUGCCGACAUCAAGGCCGCCCCCAAGGGCAGCAUCUUCCUGUUCCACGCCUGCGCCCACAACCCCACCGGUGUCGACCCCUCCCAAGAGCAGUGGAAGGAGAUCAGCGAGGCCGUCAAGGCCCAGGGCCUCUUCUCCUUCUUCGACAUGGCGUACCAGGGUUUCGCCAGCGGUGACACCGACAAGGAUGCCUUUGCUCUGCGCUACUUCGUCGAGCAGGGCCACGAAGUCUGCCUGGCCCAGAGUUUCGCCAAGAACAUGGGUCUCUACGGUGAGCGUGUAGGUGCUUUCUCCAUUCUCGGCUCUUCUGCUGAGGAGAAGAAGCGUCUCGACUCUCAGGUCAAGAUUCUCGUGCGCCCCAUGUACUCGAACCCUCCCAUCCACGGCGCUCGCGUGGCCUCCGAGAUCCUCAACACCCCGGCGCUGUACCAGCAGUGGUUGGGCGAGGUUAAGGAGAUGGCCGAUCGCAUCAUUACGAUGCGCAGCCUGCUCAAGAACAACCUCGAGAAGCUCGGCAGCAGCCACGACUGGAGCCACAUCACCUCGCAGAUCGGCAUGUUUGCCUACACCGGCCUCGACGCCGAGAGCAUGAAGAAGCUGGCCAAGGAGCACAGCGUCUACGCCACCAUGGACGGCCGUAUCAGUGUCGCCGGAAUCACGAGCGACAACGUCGGCCGUCUCGCUGAGGCCAUCUACAAGGUCAAGGGUUAAGUCAAAAAUAACACAUGAGGUAAAUGAAAACAUCUGUACGAUUUUGACGGGAUCAUGUUGGGGGCGUUUUUUCUCCUUCGGAUUAGUACGAGGAAGGGAAAAAGACAUACAGGGCUUUCACUAUGAUUGGUCACAUAUAUUCCCCGGAUAACGAUGAAUAUGAAAAGGAUAACAAUUCUGUUAUCCUCAUUUUUGUUGCACACUUGGAUGUUUUUUUGUUUUCUUUUUUUUUUUUUGCUUUCUUUUACUCACCUACCUUCCUAUCUUUUCAUUUCUCGGAUAGAUAAGAUGGAUGGAUAAAAUAGGGAGAGGAGAGAGGGAAAGCAGGAAAAAAAAAAAAAUCUCUCACUCACCUGGUAGAUAGAUUAGACAGCGAAUUGAUACCAUGAGCUCCUCUUUUCGUGCUAUCUAUCAUGAC